AUGUGCAACUUGAUUUUGAAAAUAUAUGGGUGUGGCCAUCGCGAAAAUACAGGUGAAUUUGAGUUAUGUCAUUUUGCCCAACGCGUGGGUACGGUUUGUGUUGGGGUCACGGGAGUUUCUUUACGCAAACCACGGACAUGCUGCGAACAAUGCUACGACCCUGAUCUAGGACCUAACGUUGAUUCCCCUGCAAUUCAAGUUUUGAGCUCUGUUUAUAACCACGGCAAGUCUCCCGAGACGCAGAAAGGACUUUCUUGGAGUGAGUUUUUUGGUGAAAGUGGUCCCGGAAGCACUGUGACAGAUUCUGGACUAAGUUCUGGAAAUGUUAGCGAGUCUCAAGGGGAAAAGAAAAAGAGGACAGGAAUUUUUGGGCGACCGGGAACAGCCGACUUGCUGCGGGAGAUGAACGAGAGCCCGUCAUCUAUUUCUGUUUCUGCCUCAUGCAGGUCUUCACAGACAUCAUGA